AUGAUCGUCCAGAAGCUAAACGAAGCUAUGGAUGAACCUGAAACAGCGAGCCUUUCCCAGUUGAAGGCUUAUGAGAAGAAAUUGGAACUACAUUAUUCGGAGUAUGCGGUGAAGCAUGACUUAAUCGUGACUCAGUGUACUAGUGAAAACAUGGAGGAUCAGGACAAUAAGUUGGACGAGUUCGACGAGCUGCACACGGAGGCGUUAGUGAAGCUGAAUCAACUGUUGGAGCUACUUCGUGCUGAUCCACAACCUAAUAAUGGAGUUCCCCAAGUGAUUGUGACUCAGCAACCUCUGAAGACGCCGAUCCCAACCUUCGAUGGGAAGUACGAAGGUUGGCCAAAAUUCAAAGCUCUCUUCAAUGACUUGAUCCGAAAGUGUGGCGACUCCGAUGCAACUAAACUGCAAUACCUGGACAAGGCGCUGAUCGGUGAAGCUUCCGGUAUCCUUAAUGCCAGAAUUAUCAACGACAACAACUAUCAGCAAGCAUGGGAGUUGUUAGAGGAGCGCUUUGAAAAUCCGAGAGUGAUUAUUGACACCCAUAUUUCCGGUUUAUUGUCGAUGAAACCGAUAGCCAAACAAAGCUUCAAGGAGCUAAGGAACCUUAUCGAUACAUGCAAUCGCCACGUGGAAGGAUUGCGGUUCAUGGAGCAGGAGGUUGUUGGAACAGCCGGUCUAAUCGUGGUGAAGCUACUUACAAUGUGCCUUGAUGGAGAAACGCGGAAGCAGUGGGAGCUCACCAUGGAGCACGGAGAACUUCCUGACCUCGAAGAAUCCAUGAAGUUCCUAAGAAGUUAUUGCCAGGUACUUGAGAGAUGUGAAGUAGACAAGGCGUCCUCAGCUAAGGCAGCUGUUAAGCCUCCUAUGAUGGGGAAAACCAGCUCAUCGCAAAGAACCUCCAAUCCAGCAACAUCCAGUUCACCGGAGAAUGUGUGUGAAAUAUGCGCGGGUCAACAUUGCAAUUACAAGUGUCCUUCUUUCUUGAGCAUGAGUGUUGAUCAGCGUGUUACCAAGGUGAAGCAAAUCGGACUAUGUUUCAACUGCCUUAGGAAAGGCCAUCAAAUCAGGGCUUGUCCAUCAGAUAAGUCAUGCUCGAGGUGUUCCAAAAAGCAUCAUACCAUGUUGCACUUCGAGCAGGUGUCCCAAGCUGAUCCGAAGCAGAAAACUCCAGGUGGAACAUCCAAGCCGCAGGAGAUGCAGACAGCAGCAGCUGUUCCUGAGGAUCCUGUGUCUACAGCCUGUUCCAGUAUGCAACAACGAGCGAAACAAGUGUUUUUGAUGACCGCAUUGGUGAAUGUUACGUCAAAGAGCGGAAGGAACUUCAAGUUGCGUGCUCUCUUCGAUUCCGGGUCUCAGAUCAACCUGGUUUCUGAAUCUGCUGUAAAACUGCUAGCGCUUCCGAAGUAUCCUGCCAACGUGCCAGUCGUAGGAGUGGGUGGCGCCAGAUCUCAAAUUCGUCAUCGUGUGAUCCUGAAGUGUUUCUCCGACUACACCGAUUUCCAAAGUGACAUGGACUGUUUGGUGACAGCUAGAGUGACAGGAAAGAUUCCAUCUGUUCCAGUUGACAUCUCGGAGUGGAAGUUCCCGAGUGGUAUUGUGUUGGCCGAUCCAAGCUUCAACGAACCGAGAGAAGUGGACCUACUGAUCGGUGCCGAGCUGUUUUUUAAAAUCCUGAAACAAGCUCAGCUGAAACUCUCUGAUAAUCUACCCGUACUGUUCGAGACUCAGUUCGGAUGGGUUAUUGCCGGUGCUUUAGAAGAGUCCGAGGAGGAAGUCGUCAACGUGCUGUGCGCCACAAAUGAGGAUCUGUUGCUGAAGAGCAUUCAGAGGUUUUUCGAGCAAGAAGAACUUCCAGAAGAAAAAGUCCUGACGAAUGAAGAGCAAGCAAUAGAAGAUCACUUCUGCAAAACUUAUCGACGAGAUGAGGAUGGCCGAUUCGUGGUUCAACUACCGUUCCGUGAGUCCAUCAAUGAACUAGGAAACUCCCGAUCAUUAGCGUUGAAGAGGUUCCUGUCAAUUGAGAAACAUCUAACCAAUAAACCCGAGAUGAAAGAGAUGUACCAAGAGUUUAUGCAGGAGUACAAGGACCUUGGUCAUUGCCACGAGAUCCGUGAGGAAGACGAUCCGCCUGGCCAACAGAGCUACUAUUUGCCACAUCAUGCUGUACUUAAACCUACAAGUACCAGCACAAAGUUACGUGAGAAAAUGUUUAGGCAAGUGAAACUUGAUCCAAGACAGACACAUUACCACAGAACUUUCUGGCGUGACCAACCGAUGGACCCGAUAAAAGUGAUGGAGUUGUUAACGGUGACCUACGGGACGUCUCCUGCAUCGUUUUUGGCAGUGAGGUCCAUGGUUCAACUAGCGAGAGAGGAAAGAGCCAACUUUCCUGCAGCUGCAGAGGCGAUAUUAGAGGACUGCUACAUGGACGAUAUAUUGAGUGGUGCCCCAACACUUGCAUCCGCGAAGCAACUGCGAAGUGAUAUCGAGGAGCUUAUGAUGAAAGGAAAAUUUCCUAUCCGAAAAUGGUGUACCAACGACGACGAAAUUCUUGAAGGUGUUCCGGAUCAAGACCGUGAGAAGCUAGUUCGAAUAGGAGAUUCUGGUACCAACGAGGCGAUUCGAGCUUUAGGUGUUCUGUGGGACCCAAGAUGUGAUCAGUUCCUGUUUUGGAGAAGCCCGGAAGUGAUGCAACCGGAUGUUAAGGUGACUAAAAGGUAUGUUCUCUCACAAAUCGCCAAACUGUUUGAUCCCCUUGGCCUCAUAUCACCUGUGAUCGUUUUGGCUAAGUCCAUCAUGCAGCAAUUGUGGGCUGAUGGUCUGGGAUGGGACGAGACCCUAGAGGGCGAGUUGUUGAGUAGAUGUGUGACCUUACAUCAGUCAUUGGUACAACUGAACGAGAUACGAAUACCGAGAUGUGUUAUGGCUCCUGGAGCUCAACGUAUUGAGAUUCACGGCUUCUCUGAUGCGUCGUGUACUGCUUAUGGUGCAUGCGUUUAUUUGCGUUGUGUUCAGGAGGACGGGGCAGUGUCAGUUAGGCUGCUUUGCAGUAAGUCAAGGAUUGCCCCUCUGCGUCGUCUCACAAUACCUAGAUUAGAGCUGUGUGCCGCUGUGGUAUUGGCCAAACUGGUUAGUGUAGUGAUCCCUAUUCUGAAAACCGAAUUCCACGAUAUCAAGCUGUGGUCUGAUAGCCAAAUUGUGCUGGCAUGGAUAAAGAAGAAUCCGGAUCAACUUCAAGUCUACGUCAGAAACCGAGUUUUGGAUAUUAACAAACUGACUAGUACCUACGAGUGGAAGUACGUCAGAUCCGAGAAUAAUCCUGCGGAUUUGGUGUCCAGAGGGUGUUACCCUGGUGUGUUGCAUCGUUCGGAUAUGUGGUGGAAUGGUCCACUAUUUCUGCAAGAUGUUAACUACGAUAUCCAGGAGACUCCGGUGAUUCAAGAUGAAGAGUUACCAGAAAUGCGACAAGCUCAAGUGUGUAACCCAGCGGUCGAUGUUGAAGACGAUCCGGUAUUCGAGCGGUGCGGAUCGUUUUCCAAGCUGCAACGUGUAUUGGCGCAGGUGGUGAGAUUCACUCGACUGAUACGAAUGAAAAAGGAGAAUCGUAAACAUGCAAGAUACAUUUCUGUGCAAGACAUGCGGAAGGCAUUGGAUUACAUAGUAAGGAUUUUGCAGAGGACCGGAUUGAACGAGGAGAUCCAGUGUGUUCAGCGUAAGGAGUUGCCGAAGCGAUUGGCGAAUCUUCAACCAUUCCUGGACGAAGAAGGCUUCCUUCGCGUCGGCGGGCGUCUACAAAACUCUAAAUAA